UUACAUGGAGUAUCUUCUAGCGGAAUCACUGAGCGCUGAUUCUCUCCCUGUCAAAGCAAGUGACCUUUAUUUUGAGGUUUUCAACAAAUUUCUACUGGACCACAAGAGAAAGGAAAUUCCAUCUGAAAGCAGCACACUGGAUAAGCUUUCAGAGCUAGCAGCUGAAUUGCUUGUAAAGAAGAAGUUUCUUUUUGUUAAAGAAGACAUGACAAAGUUUGAUUUACGUGAAGUUGAAAGCCUGAGAGCAAGUGGCAUUCUUCAUUCUGGUCCUCCUUUCAGGAAAUCUGCCUUUGAAGAGACGAAACAUUUUUGUUUCACACACCUUACUCUACAGGAGUAUUUGGCGGCUCGUUGGUUUGUGGAGAGAGGAGAGAUUCCCUCCACACGAAAAGUGUCUUCAAUGGUUAUGCAGUUCAUGGCUGGUAUUUUAUCGAAGAAAAGAGACAAUAAAUUCAUGGAGAAAUUACUUGAAGUACUGCAAUCAGAUGAAAGCGGCUGUCGGGGCCUUCUCAACAGAGUAAAGUGUCUCGCUGAGUAUGAAGAAAAAGAUUUCGCAAAAAAUAUCAUAAAGAAACAUUCCUCUCAAUUCAAGUUUCGCAGAUUCCAUUCCUUAACUGAUGUGGACUGUAUUGCUGUUUCGUUUUUGUUAAGUGUGUUUGGUGAACUGAAUAAAGAAGACACUAAAAAACAUAGACCAUUUCCUGAGUUGAGCAUCUCAAAGUCAAAUCUAACACAGUCGGGAAUAAAACGAAUCUGUAAAUCUUUGGAAAAAGAGUUUCGUUCCGUCAAAACACUGUCGCUGAGUAAGUGUGGCUUAAAUGACGAAUGCGUCGAUUGCAUCAAAGAAUUAGUUUCAAGUAGAUUAACUGAACUAGCACUGGAGGAAAAUGAGAUCACUGAUGCCGGUGUAACCCGUUUGAGUGAAGCAUUACAGUCACCAGCUUGUAAAGUAACCACACUAAACCUGAGUGGUAAUCAGAUCACUGAUGAGGGUGUUACCAGUUUGAGUCGAGCACUACAGUCACCAGCUUGUAAAGUGGCCAGACUAAAGCUAGAUGGUAAUCAGAUCACUGAUGAGGGUGUUACCAGUUUGAGUCAAGCAUUACAGUCACCAGCUUGCAAAGUAACCAUAUUAGGCCUCCAAAAUAAUCAAAUCACCGAAGCCGGUGCUAGUAGUUUGAGUCAAGCAUUACGGUCAUCAGCCUGUAAAGUAACCGGAGUAAGUCUGACUGGUAAUAAGAUCAUCGAUGGCGGUGUUAAAAGUUUGAGUCAAGCAUUAAAGUCAUCAGCCUGUAAAGUAACCAAUUUAUACCUGAGUGCUAAUCAGAUCACCGCUGACGGUGUUCGCAGUUUGAGUCAAGCAUUAAAGUCGUCAGCCUGUAAAGUAACCACACUACGCCUGGAUGGUAAUCAGAUCACUGAUGCGGGUAUUGAAAGUUUGAGUGAAGCAUUACAGUCACCAACCUGUAGAGUAACCACACUAGGCCUGGUGCGCAUUCUGAUCACUGAUGCCAGUGUUAUUAGUUUGAGUCAAGCAUUACAGUCACCAGCCUGUAAAAUAACUUCACUAUACCUGGGUGAAAAUCAGAUCACUGAUGCCGGUGUUGCCAGUUUGAGUCAGGCAUUACAGUCAACAACCUGUCAAGUAACCACACUACACAUGGGUAAGAAUCAGAUCACCGAUACUGGUAGAGAAUAUCUUAGAAGUCUGAAGCACCAAAAACCAGAUCUUGAAUUAAAGUAUUAGAACAAUAGAGAGAAAUGAGAAAUCUUAAGGAAACGUUUUAAGCUGGAUAGACAAAGUUCACAAGUCAUUGCUGAUAUAGCUUUGGUGUUGAUUUUUUUGUAAACCUUACUUAAAAUCUGUUGUUAGAAUUCUUUAAGGCAAAAAAUAAUUACAAACAUUUUGAACCAUUAAAAUAAUAUUUAUUUAAUCAGUUAAUAAUGACUGAGUCUUACUGCAGAGAUUGUUGUAAUGUUGAGUUCUUAUGUUUUCCUUUGUGCCCGUAAGAAGUCGUAAUCUUUGUAAAUAAAGAGUUUGUUAAUAUCAAUGAUCGACUAAACUUCGUUUAAACUCUGUCUCGAGGUGGGGUGAUGAUAUUUUAAACUAAGUCUAGAAUUCGCUUUUGAAUAUUAGAUACUUGAGGGGUUGGGUAGAAAAUAUCAAAAAAUCCCUGUAAAUUUAUGAAACCAAAAUGACAAUGAUCAAACAUCGAGUAUUGCGGCAGUAAGGCGUUUUUC